ACUUUUUCGUCAUGGCAGCUACCAGCUGGGAAGACUCCGUCAAAAGUCUGAAAGGUGUGAUUUUAGACAUGUGCGGCGUGUUAUAUGAUGCUGGAGAAGACGGCGGCACACCGAUUCCAGGCUCCGUAGAAGCGGUGAAAAGGCUAAAGGCCUCGGACCUGCAGGUGCGCUUCUGUACCAACGAGACCCAGGCCACACGGGAGGUGUUUGUAGCCAAGCUGCAGAGGAUGGGCUUUGACAUCUGUGUGUCUGAGGUGUUCUCCCCAGCCCCGGCUGCCGUGGCUGUCCUGAAGGAAAGGGGGCUACGACCCCACCUGUUGGUCUAUGACGGUGUUGUCCCUGAGUUUGACAGUGUUGAAAAGGCCAACCCAAACUGUGUUGUCAUAGGAGACGCAGCAGAGAAGUUCUCCUACCAGAACCUCAACGAUGCCUUCAGAGUUCUCAUAGGGCUGGAGAAACCAGUACUGUUCUCUCUGGGCAGAGGGAAGUACUACAAGGAGGAUGAAGGCCUGAACCUGGAUGUUGGGGUUUACAUGAAGGCAUUGGAGUAUGCCUGUGAUGUAGAAGCUGAGGUGGUUGUGUUUCUCUCCAUCAGUAUGCCUGUGAUGUAGAAGCUGAGGUGGUUGUGUUUCUCUCCAUCAGUAUGCCUGUGAUGUAGAAGCUGAGGUGGUUGUGUUUCUCUCCAUCAGUAUGCCUGUGAUGUAGAAGCUGAGGUGGUUGUGUUUCUCUACAUCAGUAUGCCUGUGAUGUAGAAGCUGAGGUGGUUGUGUUUCUCUCCAUCAGUAUGCCUGUGAUGUAGAAGCUGAGAUGGUUGUGUUUCUCUACAUCAGUAUGCCUGUGAUGUAGAAGCUGAGGUGGUUGUGUUUCUCUCCAUCAGUAUGCCUGUGAUGUAGAAGCUGAGGUCAUUGGGAAGCCA